CCAGAAGGGGGCAGGUCUCUGCUCGUACAGAUCUCUAUUACUGCCGUAGCAGGUGAUGCUGUGGCUCACAUGGGGCCUGACGAGCUCAGCUUAUCUGCCUUAUAAUUAAACUAAAGGUGACCUGGCUUCAGACACAGGCGCGGAUCCAUCCAUUCUCAUCCACCCUCCACCCGCAGACAGAGCGGCCAAAGCUGCGGCACUUUCAGCACCAGCAGCGGCUGGAGCGCGGCGGAGCUGUCCGCACAUUCAGCGCUCUCUCCAGCUUCUUCCAUCGCCACCGGAGGAGACAUAAAGAAGAACCAGACCUCAGAACCAGACCUCAGAACCAGACCUGAGAACCAGACCUGAGAACCAGACCCCAGACAGCCUGGAGACUUCUACAGGCAGCCGACAACAUUAUUCCAGGAUGACCAACCACGGCCACCUGCUGGUCCUGGUUCAGCUCUUAACCCUGACUGUGAUCAGCCACAUAUCAGCCUUCCCUACCCCGAGAGCACCAGCCGAGGAUAAAACCAUGUCCAUCAGAGACUUAACAGAAGAAAAGCCUCUCCAGGAGCAGAUCGCUGAGGCGGACAGCGUGAAGGCCGCGAUCCAGGCAGCUGAGAGCUCACGUACGGCUGCGGCCAAGGACGCAGCGCCGCGUCAGGACAGCGAUGACUUGACUGUGCUGAAGUCACUGGCCGACAGCCAGAAAUCAAAGCAAACCACAGGAAAACAGUCGGAGGAGGAGGAUCAAUACAUUCCUGAUGAAUCCGAUUCCACCAAGACCAGACGAUUGGCCGAGGACUACGACUCCACCAAGAACGGCGUCACCAGCGAUAAAUACCAGGAUGACCCAGAGAGUUUCCAUCAGGUCGACGGCACUCCACUGACAGCAGAAGAUAUCGUUCAGAAGAUCGCUAACAAGAUCUACAAAGAGGACGACAGAGGCGUGUUCGACAGGAUCAUCUCCAAACUUCUCAAACUGGGGCUGAUCACAGAGAGUCAGGCGGACACACUGGAGUACCAGGUCGCCGAGGCGCUGCAAGACCUCAUCACAAAGAACGCCAAGAAAAAUGAGAUUGAGGACGAGGAGGACGACGACCAGGAAACACGAGGAGAUGAGGAAGAGCAGGACUCAGAUGACAAUUUGGACACGUGGGAGCUGCCCAAACGACGUUACAACGACGAGGACGACGAUGAGGCCGACGAAGACGAUGAUGAGCGUGAGGACGAGGUGGACAGGGACGUGGAGGACGAUGGCACAGAUGGAGCUGACAACAGCUGGGACAGAGAGAACGAAGAGGCCAACGAGGUGAACCCAGAUGAUGGGCUGCAGGACCUGCAGUACUUCCCCAACUUCUACAGACUCCUGAAGAGCCUGGACUCAGCUCAGGACACUCAGGAGAAGGAGACGCUGAUCACCAUCAUGAAGACACUGAUCGACUUCGUCAAGAUGAUGGUGAAGUACGGCACCAUCACGCCCGAGGAGGGGGUGUCCUACUUGGAGAACCUGGACGCUGUGAUCGCCAUACAGACCAAGAACAAGCUGGGAAAGUCUCUGGACCCCGACCUCCCCGGACCCCACGGUAAAAUGGUUCCUCACUUCCUGGAANNNNACAACACAAAAGCAGAGGCGGCUAAGAUGCAGAAGGAAUUCGACAUUGUGAAAGAUUCAACCAAAGAGGAGCAGCCGACAGCUGACACCAAUCAAGCCGGGAAAUCAGAGGCUUAUCUGGAGGCCAUCAGGAAGAACAUCGAGUGGCUGAAGAAACACAGCAGGGAGGAGGGCAAAGAGGAUUAUGACCUGUCCAAACUGAAGGACUUCAUGAACCAGCAGGUUGACUCCUACAUCCAGAAAGGCAUCAUUGCCAAGGACGAGGGCGACACCAUCAAGAGGAUCUACGGCAGCCUGUAAGGCCCCGCCCCGCCCUGUUACCCACAUCUGGCCCGAGACACGGAACUGGCUCUGACUCUACAACCAAAAACAAAACAAAAAUCGGACUAUUUACGUACAGUAAUUUCCCACAGCUAGUCAAGUAUUCACUGUGCUUUAAAAUAACCUGUUUGAGAUGAGCAGAUUAUUUCAUCUGUGUAUCGUGGAGGAGGAUUAAACAGAUUAUUCUGGGAGUAGAACGGCACUCCACUGAAUAAUCCGUAAAAAUGGCCUUUUGACAGAAAGCAGAAAUUGUAGUCGACACAGUUUAAAUCAAGAAUUGACUCUGAACACGCCCAUAAUUUCCCAUAAGGCAUUGUUUCUCCAUGAUUUUGCCACAUUUUCAAACAUCAUAUUGUAACCACUGUGUGUAACUGUUUUAGCCUGUCAUCUUUGUUUUUUCUGUUUAGUUUUGGACUUGUUUUCCUAAACUGACACCUUAGUUUCACAUUCCUCGGUUUAAUUAUGUUUUUAAUGUAUUUCUUGUUCUUUAUUUACCACAAAAAAACAAAUAUAUCGUUCUUGUGCAUCUGUCA